UCGAUAGCAGAGUGUGCUCACCGUGGAUGGUGGAAUAUUUAUUUAGGGUGCUCGAAUAAAGAUCUUGCUGGUGUGGUUUGUCAGACAAACGAAGAUCCUCCACCAGUUCAAGUUCGUUUAGCUGGAGGAAGGUCAGACAAUUCUGGUCGACUUGAAGUCAGGUUCCAUGGUCAGUGGGGUACUGUGUGUAAAUAUGGAUGGGACAUGAAAGACGCUGAGGUGGUGUGUCGUAUGCUUGGUUACCCUGGAGUACAGGAAUACAUAACCACCAGCUUUACACGCGUCAAGGGCAUAAUAUGGYUGAUGUACGUCGGUUGUACAGGAAGAGAAACGUCGAUUGCAGACUGCAGUCACAAUGGAUGGGGAAAUACGAUCUGCUACCAUAGUGAAGACGUUGGUGUGACGUGCAAUAUGGGUACGUUAAUAAAAACAAAACAAAAGUGUACCGCGUCGAAUGUCAUGUCCCGAAUCUCGUGCAAAUUAAUGCAAGAUCAACCAACAGGAUUUGCUCAUCUAUACUGAAAUUCAACACAUUUGAAAUUCGAUAUUUAAACUGGGCCUUACUUUUGUAUUGUAAGUGCCUUAAUCGUUUUGUUAUGAAGAAAUAUUACUCCCUAAGACUCUGGCGCACAGUCUUUAUUUUUAACCUAAAAAGGAAAA